AUGUAAGACUUUGGUCUAACUGGAUUUUCGAAUAAAACUGGCAUAAAAUCAGAAAAGCAAGUUAAAAGCCAGUCUAAUGCCAAUAGAAAAACAGUAAUAAUGUUAAGGUCUAAGAUCAAAGUAAGCUGCCUGUUCAUCGAUACGAACGCAUUCAAUUCAAUAGAGAUCAAGAGGAGAAUAGAAGAUGCCUACUUAAUUAACAAUAAGUGGUCUUAUAUAAUCGACGUGAGUGGAAUUUGUCUUAAAUAUUACAUAAAACCAGCUUCAGUUAUGGUUGAUGUUGCUGAUGAGGAAUAAAUGAAGUUCGAUAACUUAAUUGUAACACUUAUUGACUGCAUGAAAGCAGGGAAAUGGCUAACAUUUAAUUUUAAAGAGGAAGAAGGCACUAAGAUUUUGAGACACACAGGAAUAAACAAAAUUCCUGCAGCAAUUUUGAAUCCCUUGGAGAUAUAUUGUGAAUAAACUCUCGACAUUUUAUCCAAUCAUGUGGCAACUAUUUCCAAAAAUGAUAACUUCAGACUCAUUUUCAUUUCAAAAUCUGUAUUGAUACCCAAACAGUUCAAAGAUAAUUUCGAGUUUCACAUCAUUGAUGAUUAAAAAGUCUAGGAAUAAGAUCUUGAAGACUUGUAUAAGAGAAGAGAGCCUGAUAAAGGUAUUGCUAAUAAAAUGGGAAUAGAUUUGAUAGAGGCUGCUUAUAAUGGGGAGUUCGAAAAAGUAAAGGAAUUGAUAUCUAAUGGAGCAGACCCAAAGUUUAAGGACUACGAAGGAAAUAAUUGCUUUACCGAGGCAUGCCUGAUGGGUCAUUAUGAUAUGGUAGUGUUCUUGCUAAGCUUAGAUCUAGUGACGUUUGAUGUCAAUUAUAUGAAUAACAAAAAUAGGACUCCGCUGCAUAAAGCUGCUUUUGGAGGUCAUCAUUAAAUUGUUUUGCUCCUUCUAGAGAAUGGAGCAAAUCCCAAGAUCAAUGAUUUGGCACUUGCCUAACCAAUUGAUUAUGCUUCCAAUAAAAAGACUCAUAAAAUAUUGAAGCUUUGGGAUAUAGAGAGGACGAAAUAAUACUGGGAAAAGCACGGAUCCAAAAAAAAUCAGCCAGUUUUUUAUGAUUAUCUUGACUUGGAUUUCGAAGAAAGAGAAAAGAUAAGAUACUAAGUCUGUGAUUACGCCUAGAAGGGUAAAUUUUCAGAAAUAGAAAAAAUCAUAUUGCAAGGUCACGCCUCUGGAUGGACACCUCUUAUUAUAGCAUCUUUCCAUGGCUAUACUAAGAUAGUAGCUUUGCUAAUAGCUAACAGAGCAGAUCCCAAUAUACUAACUAACCGCUAGGAGUCUGCCAUUGAUGUGUCAAAAUACCCAGAUAUCCGGAAAAUGCUAAAGGAUUAUGAAAUAAGUUGGAAUAGAGAAGCUUUUGAUAAAAUGAUAGAUGAAAAGCUAACUACUAUAGAUUAAAUUAACACAGAAGAUCAUAUUGAGGAGACAAUAGAUGAGCCAAAGAAAAACGAAACAAUAGAAUAGACAAAUCAAACCAAAGCAGAUACUAUCAAUCAUAAAGAUCAAGCUUAAAUCUCUAUUGACAAUAUGUUUGAUAAAAGCAAAGAAAUGUCAAAAAUAUCAUCCUACAGUGACGUAGUUAUUCAAUAGGAGUUUCUCAAUCAAUAAAGUGGAGACACUUUGCUUCCAAUUAUACCAGCGCCAAAGAUUAUAUCUAGGAGAGAUCAAUUCUUUGAUGAAAAGAAGCUUAAUGAGUCUUACUCAAAGAGAGGAUUGCUACCAACCAUUGAUUAAAAAAUUUAAGGCUCAAUACCAGAUGAUCCCUAAGUUAUAACAGCCAAGUUGAAGUAAAAGUUAAAUUUAAAUAAAGUCAAUGCCAAGCAUCACCAUCAUCCGCAUAUGUAUGCUCACUCUAAUAAAAGUUCUCCACGUUUAGACAAAUUUGACAUGAAGAGAAAUCAUCAAACUCUGUCUACUAAUGUAUCUAAUGUCAACAGUCCAAUCUAAUUUAAAAGUGAUGGCGAGAGUGAAAUUGAGGAAGAUAGCAUUCAAGAUUUUUCUAUAAAUAUUGAACUAAACAAGGUCAAGAACACUUCUAAGUCAACUUUAUAAAAGAAGAUUAAUGAGAAGAACCCUAAAUCGAAGUCCACAAUCUAAAAUUAUAAAAAUUUGGCAAGCAACAAGCAAUCAUCACCUUUGUUUCCCCCGAUCGCAAGAAAUAAGAGAUGA